CAGGAUCCAUUGUCCAUGAAGAUGAUUGGUUCAACUAACAAAUUUGAAGGAUUAUACCAUUUAGUUCUCAAAGGCAAGCAUGCAGCUCUUUCUAGAAUAAACCAUACCUCAUCAUGUACUAUACCUGAUAAUGCACUAUGGCAUUUCAGAUCAAGACACCUCUCAACAAGUAGAAUGCAAGUUCUACAUUUCACAUUUCCUUUUAUUGUUGUUGGUCAAAAGGUAGUCUAUGAUGUAUGCCGUUAUGCCAAACACAAGAAAUUGCCUUUUAAUUCCAGUUUUAAUAAAGCUGCUAGACCUUUUUAA